AUGGGGUCUGGGUGCCGUAUUGGCGGGACCCAGUGUGAGCUGGAUUACUGGUGUCGGUUGCUGGGUCUGAGCUCUGAUAAAGCAGCCUCCCUGUCUGUGUCCUCGGGCUGCACUCACAUCCCCGGACCCCCAGACUCGGAGGAGCACAGGGAUGUCAAUCUGCGGAGAUGUGAGGAGCAAGGAGAGCUGCUGCUGCCGCUCCUCUUCUUCCUCCUGGUCGCGCUCUCAGUGCUCUUAUACUUUGCUGUUUCUUUAAUGGACCCUGGCUUCAUUCUCACUGACUCUGUCAAGGGUUCAAAUGAGGAAAUGGAAUCAAUGAUUCCUCAGUCUUUGACCCCUCGGCUGAGGCGCUGUGGAUACUGCCUGCUGCAGCAGCAGCCAAUGAGAGCGAAGCACUGUCAGAUGUGUAAGCGCUGCGUCCGUCGCUUCGACCACCACUGCCCCUGGAUCGAGAACUGUGUGGGAGAGAGGAACCACCGCUGGUUCAUCGUCUACCUGCUGGUGCAGCUGCUCGCUCUGCUGUGGGCGCUAGACAUCGCUCUGUCUGGCAUCACCCCCACCCUCACCUGGGAGCAGUGGUUCAGAGUGAACGGGUUCCUGCUGGCGGCGCUGGGUGUGGUGGGGGUCUUUUCCAUGGUGGUGAUGCUGCUGUUGGGCUGCCACCUGUACCUGGUCUCCAUCAGCUGCACCACCUGGGAGUUCAUGUCACGCCACAGGAUCUCCUACCUGAAGAACUUCAGUGACGAGGAGAACCCGUUUGACCGCGGAGUUAUCUGUAACCUGUGGGACUUCUUCUGCGUUUGCAGCACGGUGGUGUGGGAGAAAAUGUACACCAGAAACACUCCCAACUCUGUCUGACCUCCAACCAGACGGAACAUGAGAAUCUAAACCUGGGUUGGACACUACUUUCAGGGAAAUAACCUUUAAUCAUUAUUUAAUUUGCCCUUUUGGGUAGGCCUUAACAACUUGAGUGGACCAUGAAAUAUGUACUUACUACCUGCGAAAGUUGAGAUACAGUGCUUAUCAGGUAUUUAGCAAACUAACUGCUGGUUUUGCUUAUUUACUAAAAUUGUACAAUAUUUUUUAAACAUAACAGAACAUAACUCUUUGCUGGAGUAAAAACAAGGUUUUCUAAAAAAAAUACGCCCUUUAAACCAUGCUAGCAGUGAUGCCCCAAAGAUGGCAGGGUCCGUCUGAAUGUCAGUUUUUAUGUUGGCCCAGAACUUUAGACCUGACUGAAUUCCUCAAAAACAUUUAAAUGGAUUGCCUUAGAAUGUUGUACAGACACUCAUGUCCCUCAGAGGAUGGAUCCUAUGCAGUUUAACGGGGCAGGGCUUUCCAUUUCAGCAUUUCAGUCUUUUUAAUAGAUCCAACCACAGUUGUUUAUUUAUUUGUCUGUUUGUCACCAGGAUUACGUGAAACUACUGCCCUGAUUUUGUAUGCAACUUUUGAGUCCUUGUAACCCAUAAUAUUUUGGAAUGGAUCAGAAACAGUGGCAAAUGCACACAAUUUUUGCACUUACAGAAAAGGCCUUGGCAGGGGGUCCUCUCUGAUUAAUCCUUAUAGAUUAUUAAUACUUUUGUUCCAAUCCACUUUACCUACAGAAGUCUAAAAUAUUAUUUUCAUACUGCUUUCCUGAUAGUGUCAGUUGAAGCCCAAACUAUACAGCGCCUAUAGCAAACAUAUCUCUCUUUUAAAUCCUUCCUCUAAGACUUCCAAACAUCAGAUUUAAAACGCAGUCCAAAUACAAACUGAAUGCCGAGCACAAUUAUAGGUAAAAUCUGACUUAAAAAUAGAGAACAAGGCUAAAGAUCUGACAUUCUGUGCUCAUUUCUGGUCCUUCUGUAUGAUCCUACAGACAGAUACAAUUUCACAACCAUGAUUAGUUCAGUGGAUGGUUAUUUUCAGUGGUGGAAGGUACACAUACUAGUAAUGUAGUUAAGUGCCUAAUUGAGGUACUAUAAUCAAUGUACUUUACUUGAUUGUUACCAUUUAAUGCCACAUUAUAAUUAUAAUUCAAUACAUUCUCGAGUCAAAUACUUUUCACACAAAGAAAUCUAGUUACUUUGCAAAUUACAAUUAUUCAAGCAAAAAUAUGUUCAACUUAUUCUGCAUAAUAAGUACUUUUGGUUUUGUUACUUAUGUAUUUUGAUACUACUACUUUUUUUUACUUUUUCUUAAGUAACAUUUGACUUAACAGAAAUGCAUUUGAAAAGAUCUCAAUUGUUGAAAACCUGUGUUUUCCUCUCAGGUCUGGUCAUUACUUGCUCUACUGUAAAUCGUUGAGUUGUUGCCUUGUGAGAGUGGUGAUUUUAAGAUUGAACACCUUUUGCCUUUAUGUCUAGGGCGAUUCAGGUCUUGUGCCUUUGCUUCUUUACAAAUUGAUAAUCUACACAAAGUGAACCAAACAUCUUUUUUUUACUGUAUUUGUUUUUUGUUUUUUUUGUAUUUAUUGACAAGAGUACAUUAAAACACUGAUAUGCAUGUUGUUAUAGAGUACAUCUGUACAGACUGACAUUCCCUUGUUCACAUUCAUACAUAAAUACAGUACUGACACAAAAGUAACAUAUAAUAUUCAGCAGCAUGAACUUAAAGUGCUAUAGCGGCUACAUCAACGUUGUCUUGAUAUAAUUCAUUCAGUUAGCUGACGGCCUUCCCCGGGGUCCAGCUUCUUGCUCAGGGGAACUUCAGCAGGACAUACUGGCCACUUUUUAAUUCAAGAACAUUCUAUUGGUUUAAAGAGCAACUUGAGACUCUGUUAAAGCUCUAACAGAUAAUAACUCCCUUUAAAUAAAUAAGUGACGAAAAGAACUGAGCGAGUACGAAAAUUCCUGCAAGAGAGCGUGUUUCAGUUCGCCCCAUAGAUUUGACAUUACAUCUGGACUCAAAUAAAUGUAUAUCUGUCUGUAUAGGUAGGUAAACAACACACAAAAAACAAACAUUUUUAGAAGGCAGACAGAAAGGAGAGGUUAGGUGCUUAAAUUGAUUUUGCUCUUGCAUGUUGACUUGCAGACUGAACGGCGCCCACAUUUGUAACUUGCUCAGUCCUUUUCUCGUAUAAAGGCCCACAUUUUCCCUCUCAAUUGUAAUCAAAGGGGGUGUUUCAUUUCUUGAGUUUCACUACUAUCUUUCCUACAUUCUCCACCUCGUUUGAAGUUACAACUGAGGUUCUAGGAAUGUAUGACACCCAAAACUGCAUUUACAUUAAUGUCUUGGUUUCCAGCGUCUUUGGCAGUCAGGAAUAAAAAAAGACCUCUUCAAACCGUUGAUUUCUGAUUCUGCCUUGUACUUUUUGGGUGCACAGAGCACAAGACAGCAACACACAUUUGUAUUAUUUUUGUUCUAGAUUACAUAUUUACUCAAUAUUGCUCCAGAAAAAAGGAUUCAAAACAGCUUAACACUAAAGACAAUCAAUUAAUAGUAUGAUACAAUUAUGCUUAUUUAACUGGUUUUAGUGUUAAGUUACUCUUUAAAGUAUAACUCUGUUCUAGUUCUCAAUAGUUUGUCCACCUCUCCCGUCAGAGUUAGGGCUUUUCUAUUCAAAUGUGAGUGUGAUAAUAUCAAAAACAGAUCUUAAAGGGAUUCGUUUUUUUAUGAAUUUCAACUAAAUCAAGACAUGCUUCUAAAACCUUCGUCCCUGCGGCUCCUCUUCUUCCUCUUGAUUUAUUGCACUGACAUCAUGAGAGCUUCAGUAUCACAGAAUAUUAUUUGCUAAAUUCAAAAUACAGUUAUUUUUCUUAAUUUUAUGGCUAUAUAAUAUUCUCUAUGGCUUCCCUUUUAUAUAUAUACAUAUAUCACUAGUAUUUAUAGGAUUUCUAGUGCACAAGUUCAUCACGGUGCCAUGCACUUCUAAUGAAAAAACAGUUGGUCAGGUGAGAUGGAUGCAUAUUUGCUUUACGAGGGAAUUCCUUGAAAUAUUUCCAUGUUUUAAGAAAAUGCUUGUUACCAGAAAUUUGGUAAGCGUGUUUCAUUUGUUUGGUCAAGGCAGUGAGCAAAGCCUGUCACAGUGAUGUAUAUAAUUGGCAGAAUGUACUGUAUUUCUGAAGGACAAAUAUUGUAUAAUAACCAAAGGCCAAGCUAGCAGAAUCUGUCUCGAACACACAGGAUGCUUAAAGAGGCUAAUACUAUUUAUUCAUAUGUAGCCUAUUGUAUAAUGUUUCUGACAAAGGACAUGCUUGAUUACUAGCAUGAAACAAGUGCUUGUUAGCAUAGGUCAAGUCAAUGUGAUCUAACACUUGUAUUGCUAACAGCUAUGGUUUUAGUUAAAAGCCUUGUAGUUAGCUUUAGUCAAGUAAAAAAAAAACAUUACAUUACACAUUUUAAUUGGUUUCAGGAGGGACUAGGCAGUAAAGUCUUGUAAAAUAAAAACGAGUGUUAACAGCUAGCAUACAAAUAUUGUCAUGAGUGACUUAGCGAAAGCUAGUUUAGCUAGCUCUUACAAUCGUUUAACUAAGCUAAAUUGUUUUGGAGGAGUGAUUAUUAACCGAACAGGCUUGGAUUUGUUUAGACCGAUAUACAGUCUAUAAACACCAGGUGAAACUAAUAAAUUAAUUUAGUGUUUGUUUUUUUACAUAAUCAAGAGUGUUAACAUGCUAUGUAUUUAAAAAAAAAUGUGAGGACAUUUUCCAUUCUGCUAAGUGUCAUGGUAGUUUUCCUUUGUGAUAUUGU